AUGGAGUUACGUAAGAGUUGCGGACGACUGUACCACCAGCUCGGCCUCGGCUACUUGUCACCGGUUUUCUGCAUCUUGCUUUACACCCUCUUUGGAGCCCUGUUGUUCCUGUUCAUCGAGCAGCCUCACGACCAGCUCAGACAGCAACAAUUGCACAAUAGCUACUUGCGGGCCAGGAGCCACUUCGUCCGGUCACUGUACCGGCUCCACACGGAUUCUGCCGCCGCCAACGACAGUAGCCACCUGAUACAGGAACUGUAUACCGCUGUUAGCUGGUACGAAAGUCAGAUAAACGUCAGUUUCACUAACGAGUCCAUGUGGGAUCUGUGGAACUCCCUGUACUACGCCGGAACUAUCUUCACCACGAUCGGUAAGCUCUUACUUGCUUCACUAAUUGAACCGAUUCAACGAUUUACCGGUACCGUUAGUUAUAGCCGCUAA